AUGGGUAAAUGUGGUGGGAGAAACGUUAACGGCGUUGUGUUUAACGGUAACGGAAGCGGUGGAGUUAGGCCGUACGUACGUUCUCCGGUGCCAAGACUCCGAUGGACGCCGGAUCUUCACCGUUGUUUCGUUAACGCCGUCGAUAUGCUCGGUGGCACACACCGAGCAACACCAAAACUUGUUCUUAAGAUGAUGGAUGUAAAAGGACUCACCAUUUCACAUGUCAAAAGCCAUCUUCAGAUGUAUAGAGGUUCUAAACUCACUUUGGGGAAACCAGGAGGAGGAAGGAGAAAGGAGCAGACUUCAGAGUCUGGUAAUGAUGAUGAUGAUGACUUUCUUCACAUCAUGAAUUUGGAGAAGACGAGAGAAACGACGGCGUUUCAGCCACUUCAUUUCCUCAAGAAUGGUGAUUAUAGUUUUUAA